UUUUUAAGUUUUUGUUUUGCAGAAUUUCAACUUUUUUCUCGUUCUUUCAAGAAAAUGUGUGUGUUUUUGUCAGAAAUGAUCUGGAUCCGGAUCUUUUCUAACUCUUACAUGAUGGAAAAACUUGAUAAAAAAAUUACAUUCUAAACAUUUUUCUAGUCAUAAUAAGAAUCUCCAUAAACACCAAGGAUACAAAAAUCUUUCAUUACGGUUAUGAUAUUCUGUUUGCAGAAGGAAACUCGGCUGCAGUUCUGAGAGCUAAAAUAAAUAAAACGGCUCUGGAAAACAACAGCUGUGUAUUUGUUGUUUGCUGCAGGCCUGAAAAAGACGGAAACAAACCAGGAUGUAGUUUCUGUUUGUUACUGAAAUUUUAGGAAAUAUCGCUGGCUCUUAAAGCUUUUGACUCCCAAACUGAGUUUUUGUUUGUUUUUGUUGUUUCUUUUUGAUUAUGUGUUUGCUGCAGAUCAUUGCAUCAAACUGAUAGAAGACAAACUGGACUCAGUUUUUGCUUCAUCUCUGAUAUUCAUUUUUGCCUUCAUGUUUUCAGACCACAGAUUUUCAGGCCAGUAAUUUCGUCUUUGCUUUAAAUGAUCUGCAGCCGUUUGAGUCUGCAGGCGCUGAUGGAGCGGCCUUUGACUGUUCCUGUAAGUUUCAUGAGACUGUCUUCACUCAGCGUGAGUCCGUCAGGGAAACUGUUGGCACACAGACAUCCUCCUGCAGGCAGGAAGAGGAACUCAUCUGGUUUGAUUCUGCAGCUGAUGUCGCAAAUCAACAACUUAAUAAAAUAAAAGUCAAAAGAGAGUUUUGUUAAUUUUUUUUUAAAUCAAUUAUUUUUUCUGCAGAAGAAGAUUUAGGCAAAAUAAAAACUUUGCAAAAAGUGACAGCGAUGAUCUUUAACUUGAGCUAAAAGAUGUUUUAAAAAGUUGGAUAUGACAGAAAUAAAUUUUAUUUUUGGGUUCAGGGUUUUCAUGUAGGUAUAAGCUAAAAAAAGACAAACUUUUAAAAACAAUCAAAUCAAAAGUUAAAUAGCGGCUGAAGGUGUGCAGGGUUCUGCAACCGGGUGUGUUUUGGUUUUUUAUAUUUUCAUCUCAGUAGAUUUUUAUUUUUAUUUUACAGAGCAAAUGAAGGUAAGAAGGCUCGGAAAUAUUAUAUUAUAUUAUAUAUGGUAUUUUGAAAAAAUAAUUUAAAAUCAUGUCGGUUUAUUUUAAUUUUUUUUUUCAUUCUUUUCAUGUCAAAUAAAUAAAUUUUAUUAAAAAUAAAAACCAAUUUCACUGUUUUUGUCUCCCUAAUGAUGUUUCGCUGUUAAAGUGUGUAAGAAUCCACCUGCUCCUCUCAAACCACGUGACUGAUGAUGUCAGCCGAGCCACAAUCAAAGCCGGGAACCUGAAGACAAAAUGGUGUUAGUGCGUCCAUCCAUCCAUCCAUCCAUCCAUCCGUCCGUCCAUCCAUCCAUCCAUCCAUCCAUCCGGCCGGAAAGGGGCUGAAACUUUAAUCUUCUGGCUUCUCCUCUCAGUUCCGCUGCAUUCAUGAAGUUCAGGAGACAUAUGGGAAAAGCAUUAGCCUCUCUAUUCACCAGGGCCCUCCCACCCUCUCUCUUUCCCUCUAAUCCGCCCACAUGUACCGUCUGAGGAAAAAAAUAGUGCAGGAGGUGACGCUCCUCCAAAGGAACAGAGAGGGAGAGGAGAGGGAGAGGGAGAGGUGUCUACAGGCUGCAUCUCCACUCAAACAUUUGGAAGAGGGGGGAGGCAGAGGAAGAGCUACACCCAGAGAGAGAGAGAGAGAGAGAGAGAGAGCAACAAAGACUGGCACUUCUGUUUUUUCUUUUUUGGCAAUAACAAAGAGGUGGGAGAGACAGAAAAUAGCAUAAAUAAGCGGGGGACUUCUGCUUCAUUUCAUCCGGAAGACUCCAUCAUCAUGACCAUAACGCGCUUUAAGUAACAUCCGGCAAUAAUAACGCGGCUUUCCAGCAACAGAUGUGCGCGAUUUGCCUCUGAUUUUGAUUGGGGAGAAAAGCAGAAGAAGAAAAAGAAGAAGAAAAGAUCAGCUGAAUGCCUGCGAGAAACUGGACUGAGAGCAUCAAGCAGAGAAAUCUGCGCUUUGAUUGAUCUUUUUCCGUAAAGCUUCAUGUGCGUGUCUGCGCGCGCACAGCAGCCGAACCUGAGCCAAACGCGAACUCCUCAGACUCCUCCCUCCUCCUCCUCCUCCUCCCUUCGGUUUCUCGCAUCCUCUCCCUCCUCCCCCCCCCCCUGGUGCUCUAUGCUCAGUUCGGUGUGUGUAUCCUCUUUCAAAGGGCGCAAGGGUGGGAACAAGUCGUCCAACAAAGCAUGUUACAGCGCAGACAUGACUUGUCCGUCGGAAAGCGAGAAAAUCGUGAUAAACUGCGGGGGGGUGCGGCAUGAGACGUACCGGAGCACCCUGAAGACGCUGCCCGGGACCCGCCUGUCGUGGCUCACCGAGCCGGACGCCUUCAGCAACUUCGACUACGACCCCAAAUUGGACGAGUUCUUCUUCGACCGCCACCCGUCGGUCUUCUCCUUCAUCCUCAACUACUACCGCACCGGGAAGUUGCACUGUCCCAACGAUGUGUGCGGUCCGCUGUUCGAGGAGGAGCUGGCCUUCUGGGGCAUCGACGAGACGGACGUGGAGGCGUGCUGCUGGAUGAACUACCGGCAGCACCGGGACGCGGAGGAGGCGCUGGACAGCUUCGAGACCCCGGAGCCGGAGGCGCCGGACGACGACCCGGCUCUGGGCGGCGCGGACGGGGACCUGAGGAGACUGUGUCUGCAGGAGGACGCGCGGAGAGCGGGCUGGUGGAAGACCUGGCAGCCCAGAAUAUGGGCUCUGUUCGAGGACCCGUACUCCUCCAAAUACGCCCGGUAUGUGGCAUUCAUUUCCCUCUUCUUCAUCCUCAUCUCCAUUUCCACUUUCUGCAUGGAGACGCACGAGGCCUUCAACACCAUCCUAAACAGGACAGAGAACGUCACAGACGGCAACACGACCCACGAGGAGAUAGUGUACGAAGUGGUGACCGACAGCUGGUUGACGUACGUCGAAGGCGUCUGCGUCAUUUGGUUUACAAUUGAGGUCUUGCUGCGGGUCAUCUUCUGUCCAGACAAGUUGGAAUUCUUCAAAAGUGCCCUCAACAUCAUCGACUUUGUCGCCAUCCUGCCCUUCUACCUGGAGGUGGGCUUGAGCGGUCUGUCCUCCAAAGCUGCCAAGGAUGUCCUGGGGUUCCUCCGUGUUGUCCGAUUCGUCCGAAUCCUCCGAAUCUUCAAGCUCACUCGCCACUUUGUGGGUCUGCGCGUCCUCGGCCACACCCUUCGCGCCAGCACCAAUGAAUUCCUCCUGCUCAUCAUCUUCCUGGCCCUCGGCGUCCUCAUCUUCGCCACCAUGAUCUACUACGCCGAGCGAAUUGGGGCAGACCCCGACGACCCGACCGCCAGCGCCCACACCAACUUCAAGAACAUCCCCAUUGGGUUUUGGUGGGCCGUGGUGACGAUGACCACUCUGGGUUACGGUGAUAUGUACCCGGAGACGUGGUCGGGAAUGCUGGUGGGAGCGCUCUGUGCCUUGGCUGGUGUGCUGACCAUUGCUAUGCCUGUACCUGUCAUUGUCAACAACUUCGGCAUGUACUACUCUCUGGCUAUGGCCAAGCAAAAGCUGCCCAAAAAGAAGAACAAACAUAUCCCUCGAGCGCCUCAGCCGGGCUCACCCAACUACUGCAAGCCAGACGCCCUGGCAAUGGCCACCGCAUCACCGCAAAGGAUCUUGGGAAAUGUCUUAGGUGGAGUGAUGGGGUCUGGAGGAAUAGGGGGUGACUGUCCUCUUGCUCAGGAGGAAAUCAUAGAGAUCAACAGAGAUUCCAAGCAGAACGGCGACGCAGCCUCGGCCGCCCUGGCUAACGAGGACUGCCCCACCAUCGACCAGGUGCUGAGCCCGGACGAGCGGAGCCCCAUCGGGCGGGGCCCCACUCGGGAACGCUACCAGCAGGACCGAGCCUGCUUCCUACUCAACACCAGGGAAUUCCGCGCCACAGAUGGGAAUGUGCGGAAAGAGGCAGCAGCCCUGGCUCCCAGCCCAGACUCCCCUCUGACUGAGGAUUGGUAUAAGAUGGAGGGGUCUCUGUUACAGCAGGACCUCAAUGCAAACUCCACCUCCUCCUGGAUCAAACCGUAGCUCAGAGGCCGCCACUGCAGUGCAAGUGUAACUAAAGUCUGACUCUAGUGUUAAGUUUCUAGCAUUCGCCUUCUCUGUUAUGAGGAGUCAGUAACUGGUAAACAAAUUGCGGCGGGAGCCACAUAAGCAACAGGCUUGUCACGGACGGACAGUUGAAAGGAGAUCUUUGAGGUGACGAGAGAGACCAGAGGGUAAUCAUGAAAUAAAAAAAUAUAUAUAAAUAUGUAUCACACGGUCUGCUCCUCACAUUGUUACCAAAGCAGCCUCUUGGAUCGCCAACCACACCUUUUUGACAACAGUUCACCUGAACCCCCUCCCACCAGCCCAGUUCUUCUUCCUGUGCCCCCUUCCCUUGUCCUUCAAGCGGACUGAGCAUUGCACUGACACACUUUUGGAGAAAACAGGACUCCUGAUGACACAUUCCAGACGACAUCUCUCUGACAGUGUUAUGAACGCCAUCCUGCUUAUUGACCAAAUCGGCGCCGCCUGCAGUGCUGAACCACUGAGCAAGUUUCCCGGUCAAGCACUCGUCUUUCACCUGGACUCAAACGAACAAUGUAGCAUCUGUGCUAACACACUGUAGCAUCUGUUGGUUGGGAAAUACCGUGACUUAAAAACCAAUCCAUCCACAGUUCAAUGAGAGAGAAAAUUAUGCAUUCAAGGGAUCUUCUAGAUGUCACUCCUGUAUUCCUUUCCAGUGAAGAAGAAGAAAGUCAUUGAGGGAGCACAUGAGAGACAAAGGAUUGGUCUUAUUCAAUACAACAAUUAAUUUAAAAAAGAGAGAGAUGCACAAAUAUAAAAAUGCACAGUCUUUAACAGCACCUCCUGAUAGCCCCUUGUUAAAGUUUAGCACUUGUAUAGUCUUCCAUUUACUUCUAUUAGACUGAAGUACUGCCCUGCUCAUCAAACAGCACUAACUCUGAAGCAGAACAAUCGAAGCACAUGUAGCAUUAUCUUAAACCAGUCAUUUUAUACUCGCCCUAAACAGUCUCCAUCACUAAAUAGUGGAAAAAGACUUAUCUUUAUCUCUCAUGUACUGAUGUGGGCUUGCACGAAAAUCUAUGUUGGGUACCAAAGGUCCUUUAGCAUGCACUUGCUGAAUGACCCUCUGUAAUGUAUAGUAGAUUAGUAGAGAUCUUAAAUAUAGGAUGAGGCUUCUACUCCCUCUCAUGCUAACCAUUGUCUCUUAGUCCUUUGACUGCCAGUAGCUUCCCGUGCCUCACUGCACACGUAGGAAACGUCCCCGUGUCUGGGCGACGGAGACUUGAUUAGUAAACAGACUGACUCACGGAGUCAAACCCUGUUGGAAUAUCGGCCUAUCCUGCCUAAAUUACAAAAAAAAUGUAAACAGUUCUGCAUUAUUUUGAACGGGACCAAUCUGGUGAAUAUUUCCCAAACACUGCCGAUUAGGCGCCAAGACUCCUCUGAUGCAUACUGCCCUGCCUCUCUUGUCCCUCUUGCUGCCAACAAGUGCUUCACUGGCAACACAAUGUCACGAUGAAGUUCAGGGGGAAAGAGGGAGUCCUUCUAGGCCCAAAGGAUAUAUUCAGAGAAACGAACCAAGAGUAAGAGCAAGCGUGGACGUGUACAAAGAGAACAAAUCUAUAUUUUGAUAAACAAAUCUACGAUGCUCCAUGUCUUUGGAGAUGGGGUCCUGUCCGGGAAGAGUCCGGGAAAAAAAGGUCUCAUACAAGAGAAGAAAAAUAGUCGGUGGAAAGGAUGCAGGAAAAGAAGUAUUCCUUCAUGCUGGGGUGUGCAACAUAAUUUAACCCACGGGUGUUGGGGAUGAAAAAAGGUCUCUAGAAAGACCUUUAGCAAUGACUGACUCUUGCCCAUUCAGACAUGGAAAAGAAAAAGGAUGGACAAUAAGAAUAAUGGGGGGAAAAAAUGCAUUUUUGUAACUUUGUUUACCAGCAUGACUACUUUGCAUGACUGUCUUUUCUGCAAGCCCUUAGUUGAAGACAAGGGUGCUAGAGAUACAAAAAAGUAUAUAUAAAAUAAAUUUAAAAAAUGUUAUAUGCAAUUAAUGUUUUAAAAAAGAUUAUAAUUAAAGAGAAGAGCUAUAUUUUCUUUUGAGAAGUAAAAAAAAUGUGAAUAUUGAAACAUGUAUGUUUGCAAAGUACACCCUGAACUAUGUUUUGUUUGAUGAAAUCUCUCUGCUACUACUGCCCUACACUCUUCAUUCCAGUGUUGAUGGCCUCUGCCAUGGUUUUUAUUUUGUAACGCAUUGAGCAGCACACUUUCUAAACAUUCAAUUGACCAACUUUGCCCGUAGCAUCUGAGCAAAGUCCUGUAGUUGUUGUCAGUCACAAAGUCCAUGUUUCCUCCUUGACUUGUUUGCACAUCUUCCGUAGCAAAAGCAGCACCGGUACUGAAACAGCAGCUCUCCAUGUUCUGAAAGCUUGAUUAGUAAUCAUAGUUUGCUAGUUUUCUUUGGCAAUAAGGCAAGAGUUGUCACGACUGUAGCUGAUAAAAACCGAGUCCUUUGAGUUAUCUUCAAAGCUUCGGUGUUGAAGGGAUUCCUAAGAGUCUUGGAUGCCUCGUUCGCAGAGAUAGCAGUCUCACCCUCUGCAGGAGAACAGGAAGACCAAUAAGAUAAUAAAAGAUGCAAUAUGGCGAGGAGUUGGGAGAGAUUUUUAAGUUUGCAUGGAAUAAACUGCCAUUCCAGAUUCAGAGCGUGGGCUUUAGGGACUCAGGUGUGCUGAUAGUGUGUGUGGAUGUAGGUGUUUUGCUAUUUUCUUUUAACAUAAUAAAUUCUAAUAUAUAGAAAAAUAAUAAUGUGAACACCUCACAGUGAUGUGUUAAAAAAUUAAAAAUCAAAAAAACAAUACAAAAAAAAAAAACAGCAUGCAUUAUGACUUGAUAAUCUCUCGAGGGGGAACAGAGUCUUGCCAUUUCCCUCCAGCCUUUCUGUCAUUGUUCCUGUCAUGAUUCCAGUCCGGAUAACUUUAUAAACACUGUGCCGUGUUGUAGAGCAGCAAAGUCUUCCUUGGAGAGGCAACUGAGAACUACUCACACUCACAGUGUCGGCAUGAGUGUGUAGAGGUAGCUUGUCUUCAUUUUUUUUAAAAGGUCAGGUCUUAGCAUCUGUCAUGACCACACGGUCGAGUUCUUGUCAUCCCGCUGGCUAGUUCAUCGUAUCACAACGCAGUCAUGCAAGCACCAAUCAAAGAGACCCAGAGCUUCCAAAAUGAUGUCAGAAAGUGAUAAAGGGUAAGAAGUGGUCCACCUGGGGGAGACUGAUGGUGAAAAUGAAACAGUGACAGGUUGAAGGAAGACAAAGGUAACCUGAGUGUAGAUGGGUCUUCAAGAACUUCUUUGGUUUGGUUUUCCCAGUGAGUUUCAGGCCCCGCUGGUCCGGGGUUUAGCUCAGGCAGCUGAACGGUCCCCCGCCCAUUCCUCGUUCAUUUCAGCGUGAUGUAGACGACAGAGAGCGUUCAACAGUUCUGUUGAGUCUGCGCAGGUUUAACAGGGUCUACAACUUUCUCUAUUUGCAAAAAUCUUACUAACACACAGUAGUUUUCAUUCGGGAAAGUUCUCAGAGCUUGGAUGGCCACAGUGAUUUUUCAGAGGUGGCGUGCACACCGGCAAAAACA